GCAGCUACUCGUUCUAUUCUAUUGCAGUGAAGUGUAUCUUCUCGUCCACCAUGUUCAGGUUCUUCGUGUUCAUCUGUUUAAUUUCUGUCUCUUUUGCUGGACGUAAACAAGUCGCACAGGCUUCCCAUCAUAUUGAGACAGUAGUUUCUGGACACGGUGGUGAUUAUGGUGGUGAUAGCAAAUACUCUUCAGGCGCUGAAUUAACAAGUCUGGCCCACAGUUCUGCUCUUCAGGCCAAAACAGCCGUUCAAAACCAACAAACUGCUGGAAGUCAAGCUGCCUUUGGAGCUAAGAGUAGUCUGGCCCAAGCUGCUUUAGGAGCUGCUGCAACCGCCCAAGCCGCGGCCGUCGGCAAACAAGCCAUCGUCGCCGGCUUGAAGAGGCAGUUGAUCGAUGCCCAACAACAACUCCAAGCUGAAGUCGCUCAAUACCAUCAGGCACAACAAGCCGCCAGUGCCGCACAAGAAGCCGCAGGUCAAGCUCAGGCCACUCUUAAUGCCGCCACAGCCGCCGUAGCUGCUGCCCAAGGUGCCGCCCAACACGCUACCACUGCUGCCGCUGAAGCCGGAAACGCAGCCGCCUCUCAACAUCAAAUGGUCGUCGAAGCUAAACAACGCGUCUCCCACAUUAGCUCCGAGCUUCAAAACGCCCUUGGACAACUUGCCGAAACUGAAGCUGCCGCCCACAAGGCUCUUUCCGCCGCCCAAGUAGCCCAAUCCAACGCGGCAGCUGCUGGAGCCGCCGUCGCUGUAGCUGCUGAAAGCUCCGGACACGGUGGCUACGAAGGUGGCAGCGCCGGUGGUGAUGAAGAUUACCAUCAUUAAAAGGGUUCUUGGUAUUGGAGGAAUAGCACAAUAGUUCAUGUUUAAAUUACAUAUUUUUGAUGCCCGACGUUUCUCCAUCAAAAGCUUUAAAGAUCAUCUUUCAUUUAUUGUAAAUACGAUCUCUACAUGCAUCGAUCAUCAGCUCAAUUUCAUUUUAUUUCACGGUCAUUUUUAGAUAAUAAGUGUGUUGGAAAUUGUACGACUGAAACAAUGCUUUUGUGAAUAAAACAUCAGUUAUUGUGAAAA